CAUAAGAAUAUUUUAUAAACAAAAUCUUUUCAUAAUAAUGUUUACAAAUCCAAAAAUAUGUCACAUGUAAGACGUAUUCAAUUUAGUAUAUUUUUACGUAAGUAUAUCCCAUUAUUUUUAUCUCUACACAGGUUAAACUUAGUAAGCGUAUCAAACUACAAUAUAGUUUACAUGCAAAAGAGGUUUACAAAGUGAUCCUACGAGCGGAGGAAAUGAGAAUGAAAUUCUAGGAGCUUUCGGCAACAUAAUCACAUUGUUACGUAUAAACCGAAAAGCUGUUUUGUAACCGUUUUAUUAUGUUGCAAUUUUAUCAAGCUGGUUUAAUUAUAACAUGGGUAGGAAAGUGAUGAGAACGUUUUUGUUAUGCUAUAGUUUUUACUAUUGUUUGUAUUAAAUAUGUAGAACUGGACCUUUUCCUUUAUUUUUUGCCAUAUUUAUUUAUAUAUGAUUUGCAACUAAGUAAUUAUAGGUGUACUAAAUAUGUGAUCUAAAAAUGAAAUCAAAAGUGUGGAAGUAAAAGCUAAAACAAUUCGGUACCAAGGCGGUUAUUAACACCAGGACAGCAUAAGUAUUUCGAAUGUCUGGUAAUAGUAAUAUUUUUGUCACAAAAGGAAAGGUAGAGUACGGGUUGAUUUGUCGACUUGACAGAUUUUUUCACUUCUUAGUGAGCCGCGUUUUAUUUAGAUGUAAAAUUCACGUUGGCUAGAGACCAAAAUGGAGCAGAAUGUUGGCGAUCUCGAAUUUUCUAUUGUCCGGAAUCCGGAUACGAGUGUCAGUGACCUUUAACUUAAAACCGUUCGAUGUGAUAAUUUUCGAGAGUUUAAACUUAAAAUAAAAGGAAAAAUAAUUUGAAUGUGUAUGCGAGUUUACUUUUUGUGACAUAGAUACUUACACAUUUUCUUUAAUGCUGUCUGGCUUCCUGUUCAUACCUGUCAUAAGUAGUGCGGCAUUUAUUAUACAGUAGUAUUGGGAUUGUAUCGUUAACUUCUAACUUUCUUUUGGGUUAUUUUAUUGUAUUAAUAAAUUUCUGUUUUCUAAACUUAUGGUAAAACGUAUUAAACAGGACAAGGGCCUUUCAUAGAUUAAAGAUUCACUUUUUAUUUUUGCCUAUUGGUCAGGGUUUUUUUUUGUGAGGGGAAAAUCAUCAAAUGACUUCUCCCGCCCAGGGCCGGGCAGGAGGGAGUGUCAGACUCUUACUGAUUAAAAACCCCCCUGUUCCUUCUUCUGCUCUGUGCCGAGGUCGCGGGGUGAAAAACGGUGACUAUGCUCUAUUACAUAAGAUCCAAUAUUGGUUACCUUAUCUUGUUGACAAGAGAACUAUUUGUUUGUUACUUGAUCUUGACUUACAUUUUGCAAUCCAGAUUAGAUAUCUAGAGACUGUUGAUCUAAUAGGUAAGAUAGCAAGUUCUCAAGUUCGACGUUUUCAAAUUUUACCUACUCCUAUCAAUGAUUAGGUGAUUUUGAAUUUAAAAAGUUUAAAAAUAAA